UCUCCGCAUGACAUGUACAUCGCGCGGAUAUUCGCGCGAUACUUUAUCAGUCAAAAAUAACGGCGCGCCGCAUGACGUUUCACGGGCGUCGCGGGAUCGGCGUUCCUUCGUCUUCCUGGCAAAACAUCGCACUCGUGGAACGCGCAAAACUUGUCCCGACGCGAUAUUUUUGGGAUAGAUGUCACAUUAUCUCGUCGCGGUGUCUUACGCCGCGAUGUGUGCGUGUUACGAAUGUGUGUGCAUUUAUUUGAUUUGAUGCGAACGCGCGGCUCUGUGUGUGAUCUCCCCUGGCGCCGUGUUAUACGCGCUUCUUUUGCGUGACAGCGAUGCACGCCGCCGAGUUGGUUGGUGGAAUACAAACGUGUGCAACGUGUCGUGAUAUAGACACAUACACACGCGAGCACGCACACGCUCGCGUUCCUCGAGACUCCCUACUCGAUACUAUAUACUGUCAUAUUUUUCAAGCGACGUAUCCCACGAUGCUUGACAACAUUUUGCGGCUUUAACGGCAAAAAUUUGUUCGUGUCUGUGCUCAAUACGUGUUUACAUGCAUAGUCCAGAUUAAACACUGAACAUUUGAAUCAUUUGGACUAUUUUCUUGAUUAAUGUGUUGAUAAUUCGAAAAUAAAUUAAUUUAUGGGUAAUAUCCUCAGUUUAAGUUCGUGCAUCGAUUGUAGUCCGUCACUUUUACUUUUAUUACCAAGUGGAUAACUUUUACAGCUCACAAUUAAUAUUUCAAUGAUAGUGGAACAGUGGAUUCUUUCAGCUCCUCGGAUACUAGAAAUUUGUUAACUGGUUCAGGAGUUAGUAUGAUGGGAUAUGUAGCCUAACCCCAAAAUGUUACAGAUACGGAUAUUUUAAAUUUUAUAACAAAGACUGCUUCGUUAAAAAAUAAUCUUAUUCAGAAAAGUUUUAAUUUUAUUACCUUAAGAAAAGGUGAUGAUAGUAUGAUUCUUAUUAACUUUACAUCAGAGUAAAGCUGAGAAAGCAAAGGAACGCAAAAUAGUUGAAAUAAUUUUGUGAAGUAGAGUCUUAAAUAAAGUUGGUUAUGUGCAAUGCCGAGAUGCUACAAUGACAGCAAGACAGUGAGUUCAGUGAAUAGCAGUCAUAAGCACAGUGCAGACGAUAUUGUAUUAACACAAUCACGUGCUUUCUCGAUUGGAAGUCAAUUGGAGGUAGAUGAAGACCCACCACUAGUUGAAAAAUCACACAGACGGCUUCGGUGUGAUCUAAGUCCUGUCCCGACAAACACGAAUUCUAAUUUAAACAUAAAGCUUCUCAGUUUAAAGGGUGACAGAGGUAAUCGUCAGGAUCAUCAGGUGAGCACUGGAUCUGGGGGGUACAGAGAAAAAGAGAUCAAAAAGAGAGCAGCUAUAGGCAAUACAGUGCGUGGAAUUCUCUCAUCUGGCCACAGCAGGCAGGACAGGUAUGAAACAAACAGGCAACGCUCUUCAGGUGGAUCUGGUGGUGGUUUGUCUAGUUUAUGUCCUAAACUGGUGGCCAGUGGUAGCAGUAGCCAAAGUGGCAUUAGUCUGGCAGUGGGCCACUUAGCCUCUCAGGAAAGUGGAGGGACUUGCACAGUUGUUACGACUCAAAGGGUCCACGGCCACGCACAUAAUCAUAGACGCCAAAGAAAGUUAUCUAUUGUCGCGCAAGCAGGUCCUAGUGCCAACACUACUGGUGAUAGAAAGGUCCAAUUAUCCAAUAUAUGUCGUCCCGCUAGUAUCUCCAAGAAACAAAUUCGAACACAGAGACAUGAUCAGAAUACUGAUUCUUUGUCUAUAACUAGCAACGGUCUUACGACUAGCUCGCCAUCUUCCAAAAAGAAAGUACUAUCUACUCUGCGCAUCUCAGAAAAGUCAUCUACACAAAGUGUGAAUUCAUCAUCAUUAGAUCAUGAAAAUGAUCGUAGUUUUAGCGAUGCCGAAGAAGCAAUCGCAGCAACGGAGAAUGUAUUUACGACACCAGGAUCUAGUUCUACACCUUCUACGCCAAUUAGUAAAGUAAAACAAACAAAAUUCGGUAAGAAUGAAACAAAUGUGGAACGUGAUAGUCUCGCAGAGUGUACUGAUUUAUCGGAGAAUGCUGCGGAUGUACAACACAUGAUUUUAACUGAAUUUGAACAAAAAACUGCGGCGCCGAUAAAACCAAUUGCCGUACAUAAAUCAAAUAACCAGGAAAUUGUAGCAAAUCAUAAACAAAAAUCAUUGUCGGACUCUACUGUUGGUGCGAAAUCUACUAAUAGCAACGAGCAAAAAGUUUCAAAGUACAAGCCAAAUUCUACAGAAAAAAUGAUCGAACAUUAUAGUAACAAAGACAUUGAAACAGUUAAUCUAGAAAAAGACAUAGAUGACGCUACAUCAAUAGACGCAGAAAUGAAUACCACAAGCAGCAAUAGUAAAGGUAAAGAAGUAAAAAGUAGAAAAUCUAUGGAGUGUACAGAUAGCGGUGAUAUUGUGAGUAAAGAGACUACAGACGUCUUGAAGACUGUAAGCAGCGAUAAGACGGACGUGAAAGAUAGGGCAGGAAUAAAUGAAGAGGUUAUUAAAAAUUCAAGAUUUGUAACAUCAAAAGUGUUGGAAGAAGUAACGGAAACCAAGACGACAGAUGUGGAGAAAGUAGAAGAAGAAGAGAGAGUGACGAUAUAUGAAGAUGACGAUGGUACUAGUAUUAGUGAUAUAGUGGCUGCACAAGCACUUCAUGAAUCAUUAAGUAAAUUAGGUAAAGUACCGCCAUUAGACACUGAGAUGGAAGAAAUGCAAAAGAAGAAUUUGUGUGACGAAGCGAAGAUAGGAGAACAUCCUGAAAAAGAUAUAGUCGCUCAAGAAGAAACGGUAGAAGGCUUUAUCGGUCCGUUGCUCGACGAAAACUUUAAAGCAGAUGAGAAAUUGUCACAAAAAACGAUGGCGAUGGAAGAAGUUCAAAAUUUAUUGAUGAAAGUUAAAGUGCAAACCGUUGAGGACGACGAUGACGAGGAAAAAGCUAUAGGUAUUUCACCAGAUGGAAGAUUUUUGAAAUUUGAAGAAGAAAUUGGUCGUGGCAGUUUCAAGACUGUUUAUCGCGGAUUAGACACUCAAACAGGUGUAGCUGUAGCUUGGUGCGAAUUGCAGGAGAAAAAAUUAAAUAAGACAGAAAGAUUAAGGUUCAGGGAAGAGGCAGAAAUGUUAAAAGGAUUACAACAUCCAAACAUUGUAAGGUUUUACGACUAUUGGGAAGUCACACUUACGCGUAGAAAAUAUAUUGUACUAGUCACUGAGCUUAUGACAUCAGGAACAUUGAAAACGUAUUUGAGAAGAUUUAAGAAGAUAAAUCCCAAAGUAGUCAAAUCUUGGUGUCGACAAAUUUUAAAAGGCUUGAGUUUUCUUCACUCGAGAUCACCUCCUAUUAUCCAUCGCGAUUUGAAGUGCGAUAAUAUUUUUAUCACGGGUACGACAGGAAGUGUGAAAAUUGGUGAUUUAGGUCUAGCGACGUUGAAAAAUCGUAGUUUUGCAAAGAGUGUCAUAGGAACUCCAGAAUUUAUGGCGCCCGAAAUGUACGAAGAACAUUACGACGAAUCAGUGGAUGUUUAUGCUUUUGGAAUGUGUAUGCUCGAGAUGGCUACCAGUGAAUAUCCAUAUUCCGAAUGUACGGGACCAGCGCAAAUAUAUAAACGCGUAGUAUCGGGUGUUAAGCCGCAGAGCUAUGAUAAAGUUGAAAAUCCGGAAGUACGCGAUAUCAUAGAAAUGUGUAUACGUUUGAAGAAAGAAGAGCGGCCGCUUGUUAAGGAUCUACUCAAUCAUGAAUUUUUCGCAGACGACGUUGGAUUAAAAUUGGAGAUGGUAUCGCGGGAUUCGGCAGUUGCGGAUAUUGAGUUGUCGCGCGUUGAAUUUAGAUUACGUGUGUUGGAUCCUAAGAAACGCAGUAACAAACACAAAGAGAACGAGGCAAUACAAUUUGACUUUGAUAUCCAAGCCGACAACGCGGAGGAAGUGGCAUUAGAAAUGGCGAAAUCUAGCCUCAUAUUAGAGGAAGACGCUAAAGCAGUGGCUAAAAUGUUAAAAUCACAAAUUACCACUCUGUUGAGAGAAAGAGAGGAACGUAAAGCCAAAGAGGAAAAGGAGCGCUUGGAUAGGGAAACUGAUGCUACGACUAACACAGCCGAAAACUUACUUCAACAGCAAUUGCUGCUUCAGCAAAUGCAGUUGCAGCAACAACAGCAACAACAGCAAAUCCAGUCAAAUAUCAGCAUGCAGAUGCAAGGUCAAGUGCCGAUGCAGUUGCAACAGACUCAGAUACCUCUUCAACAGCAGCAGCUGCAAUCAGCUGCUCAACAAACUCAACAGCACAACUUACAACCACAGCAGGUGCAACUAGUUCAACAACAGCCGAUAAUUCAACAACAAACAUCGGUUGUGCAACCUCAGCAAGCACAGCAGAUACAAUAUCAACAGCAAAUACAGCAACAAUAUCAGCAGCAACAACAAUAUCCUCAACACGUGCCGCAAAGUCUGAGUGCAAAUUCUCCGCAAUGUUCAACUCCACAAAACGUUCAAGGUCAGCCUCAAUUUCCUCAAGUGCCGCAGCAGCAAAUAUCGCAGCAACAAAUACCGCAACAACAGAUACCGCAGCAACCGAUAUCCCAACAACAAAUACCGCAACAACAGCAGCAGCAUGUACAUCAACAACAGCAGCAAUACAUACAAUUGAACCAAAUGAGCGUUCCGCAACCGAUCCCUCAUCAGGUGCAGCAACAGUUGCAGCCUCAAAUGCAGAUGUUAUCGCAGCAGCAACAUAUGCAUCAACAGCUUCAACAUGCGCAACAGCAGCAAUAUGCACAACCUCAAAUUCAACAUGUACAACAAAUACAUCAACAUUCAGUCGGUUCACCACCCGUUCAGAGUCAACAAUAUUACCAACAAAGUGCUACUGGUUCUUCGGGAUACGUAUCGGCUGGCUCUUUGUAUCAGCCGACUAUGCCGCAACAAAUCUUUCACACAUAUACUACAUCUACAAAUCCUUCCGGCCACGUGGAGAUCUUAUCGUCCACUCAAACAGCAACACAGAUCUACUCUCACACAAAUCUGUCCGCGGCUGCAGUUCCUGCAUCAUCGCAAUCAUAUAUUCAACCGACAACACAAGUUCAGGCGUCCAUACCGUCAGCCAUGAAUGUCAACAGCUCAUCAGCGGUAACUCAAGUGAUUCAGAAUGUACCGACCUCGACGAUUCCUAAUAUGCAGAGUGCAUCCAAUUUACUCAGUAAUACCGGCCACCAACCUCAGUCUCAGCAAAAUAUUCUCGUGCAAAUGCAAUAUUCGCAAAGUGCAAAUGUCAUGCCUAAUUCAAUUUCAAUGACACCCGUCGCAAACGUUUCGACACAAUCGUCUACCAAUUUGCAGCAACAACAUUUCCUUUCAAGUACGGAACAGUGUCCUACGACUGAUAGGUCUUCUUUGAUCAAACAAGACACCAUGGAUUCGAUUCAGUCUUUGCCACCGGAUGCGCCGGUCACUUUGCAGCAAGAUCAAAUUAUCUCACCUGUUCCAACUGCAGCGAACAUGACGCAGCAGCAGCCUAUAGCUUCGAACGACGGAAUCACGCCCGAAAAUUCCGAAAGUGUUACCACCUCUGAAAGAAGUCGGGUAAAACGUUCCGGAACGAAGCGUAAGAAGCCGGGCAUCAAGUUAACGGUUUUGUCGGUCAGUAGUGGCGAAGGGCAAUCAAUGACCGUCGAGUGCCAGUUAGAUACGAGUAAACAAAAGACUGUUACUUUUAAAUUUGAUCGAGACGAUAUGGUACCUACGGACAUCGCCAAUAAUUUGGUUGCGGAGAAUCUAUUGCCGCAGUCUCAGUGCGAGACAUUUGUAGAAUUAAUUGAAGACAUCGUCAAACAAUUACGUUUGGAUCCUACACGUACCCUACCUCUGGUAGCGCAUGGUCCGCCCGAUCAGUCUGCUGGUGGAAGCCCGGUUACAAGCCGACGCCCUAGGGAUCGUGACCACAGUCUCGAUACAGCUAAGCAGGUGAGACAUGGCUCGCUAACACGUCAAAGCAGCCACCGAUCGUCGUACAAAGUCCACCGUAGGCACCGUUCGAGAGACGAAACUUCAAAUACUUCUACCCCAACAAAAUUGUUGCCGAUCGACCAAAUUAUUUCUCAUAUCGCCAGUACUAGUUUGGAAAAGCAACAAGUCGUGCAAACACCUGAUAGUCAAACAGGUGCGGAGAAUACAUCAGCAGAGGCUUCCAGGAGAUCCUCUACAUCUACACAAAAUACCGAUACUUUAACUCCCACGAAUAUACCAAGUGACCCAACGGACAAUCAAGAAACCGUCGUUUCCGCAAUAUCUGCGGAAACUGUGGUGGAAGCGCAUCAUAAUAUUCAAGAUGACGCCAAUAGCACGACUUUAAAAUCUCAUCAAAUUUCCGCAACGCAUGUUCAAUCUCAAAUACAAGAUAUGAUGAUGAACACGAGUCACGUGAAUGAGGUGUCGAAAGAAUCUCAAGAACUGCAAGACGUAAUAGACAUAAAGGAAUGUGAGACGGUUAAAGAAACGAGUGUUUCCGACGUAACUACAGAAAUAUCUAGUUUGACAGUACCAACACCGGUGCGCAAAGUUUCUCGAUUUUUAGUCAGUCCUGUAGUUGAACAGAAGAAUAUCGCGGCGGAAGAAGAAUUUUCUGCCACCAAUGAAACCACGGACCGUAUAAACGCUAUGACAUCGCAGUCUCAAUUGACUGCGAACGCAGAACCCGUACCAAAAAAUGAAGACCAUGUGGAAAUGAAUGUUACAGAAGCUCAGACUGUAGCAAUGCACGACAAAACUAACAAUACUGAGACAAUGAUCCAAGGAGUUCAAUAUACUGUGGAACAGAUGGACAGCGCCCAACAACAGGUCUUGCAGCAAGGACAGCAAUCGAUCGGAAUGCAGAAGAAUAUUAUUCAAGUGCAAACCUUACAACAAGUAACCGGGCACAUGCAACAAACCACGACUAUUGGACAGUCGAAGCAGCACACCAUAAUUGUUCAAGGAUCCACGAUCUCUUCGCAACAAACGUCCCAGCAGAUGCCUCAAGCUAGUAUGCAGAACUUUGUACCGGUGAACGCGCAAAAAGAAUUGCAACCUCAAUCGCUUCACAGCGCGAACGGAAUAACUCAGCAAACGCAAUAUCAAAAUCAGACGAUAGUGCAACCUGCCAUGGUGAUACAACAGCAGCAGCAGCAGCAGAUUUCCAUGCAACAAAGUGUGAUACAACCUCAUAUACAGACGGAACACCAACUCCAAAGUCAAAUGCAAGCUCAGCGUCCACCUGCCGUACAACAGUUUGUGCAGCAAGUGCAACCGCCAACGCAACAAUACGUAAUCCUGUCAGGGAUGCAACCAAUGCAAACAACGAGUCUAGAUGACCGAAGUCGUAGAGUACCUAAUUUGUCUACCAACGUGUCUAUUGACUCUCAGAUUUCGGAAGUGUCCAGUAUAUCCGAAGAGAAAAGACAAUCUUUGGCUGCUACUAAUACGCCAAUAGCACAUAUGCAACACAUGCAAGUAAUUCCGCAAGAUAUGUCGAAUACAAUACCGUUGGUGCAGAAUGCCGUAGAAACUGCUCAACAGCUACCAACUGCUCAUCCAAAUGUGCAGCACGUUCCUGGAACUCUGGCAUCUGUGCCUCAAGUAUCUCUUCCUGUACAUCCAGUCGUUGCUGCGGAUGUCUCUACGCCAAAGAUUAUCACGAAAACGAAGGAAGUAUCCUCGACGCUUCCGGAUCUCGCGCAAAAUUUAGCGAACAUAUUAUCGAAUCCAAAAUCCAAAUCUGCAACACCUCAUCCUCUAACCAGUCACGAGCAACCAACCGCUGUGCCUAACGUCGCUGCUUCCACGCUAGUCGAACACAAACCUGUACAAUCCGAACAAUAUUUUCAACCUAUACAACCGGAAGCGAACCAGCUGCAGAUUCAACCGCCUAUUCAUAAUUACCAAGGACAGGUCAUACAUCAAGUAUAUCAAGGACAACAGAAUUUUCAACAAGCGUUUCAGGGUCAACAAUUGCUUCAUCAAGGCCAAACGCAAUCGAUACCACAAUCAGUUCCAUUAAUUCCUCAACAAAUUCCUCAACAGAUCGACGCGCAAUCGCAGAUGGUGCAGUCGACUCUUCAAAAUGUCUCAGGCCAGUUGUUGGCUCAAGGAAAAUGGAUUGUUUCGUCUAAUCAAACUCCUUUGCAGCAGCCGAUACGGCAUAUACAAUCAAGUCAGCAGCAACCACAACCGUUGCAAAAUCAACCGCAGUUGCAACAAAUUCCAGUUCAACCUCAAAUGCAACCGCAAACUAUGCAAGACCAGCAACAUAAUGAAUCGUCCAUCAUAUCAGAUCAGUCACACUUACAUUUAAAGCUUCCGGAACAACAUUCGAUGAAACCUCUGGAAACUGAUAUCUCAGAAUCUUCAAAUUCAAAUUGCAUGCGUCGUACUAGUUCCGACUGUCAGUUGCUUACAUCUGAAAAUGAUAACUCUAGUCACGAUGUGACUCCUGAGCAUACCCUCGUUGAAUUAAUCGAUUCUACAGUGGUCGUACAACAGCAAUUACCUCAACAACAAAUGCAGCAGCAACAACAUCGUAAGCUCAGUCAACAGAAUUCUUUGGAUAAAGUGUCGGAUAUAAGCAGUAUCGGUAGCAUUGGGAGUGGUACGGGACCGCAAACCAUAGCUGACUUGCACCAGAAACUCGUACAAUUGACUAGUCAGCCGUCAGAAUCACUGAACGUUGGUACACCUCCUAUAAGCUAUCCCGCCACGCCUCAUAAUCACCAAAUAGUAGGGGGAUACGAUGCGUAUAUGCAUUCUUUACAACAAAAACUGGGUAAUAUCGGUAUGCCAGUCUCGUGUGCGAAUGCUGUUUGUCCGUUAUCUCCACAAACAACGAUACAUUCCUCUACUGUCCUCACCGACACGCAAGUUGAUGCGGCUGUCGAAGGCUCUGUUGUAACUCAGGAGACUUCUGGCACAUUUGCGCUUUCUCAAACUAAUACGGAAUGCUCCCUCGAUAGUCCAACACCAGGAGCGCCAACGGGGUCAGAUAAUAUGAGUCCGAGCAAAGAGAAUGUAAAGAUACGAGCUCAAAGACCGGGAUCCCGUUUGCAAGAAUUGGAGCAGGAGUUGGCAAAAAUUCAUCAUAGGGGAUCAGUUUUCGCGGCGGCUCCUACGCAGUCGUUAACACCACCUAUAACCAUAAUUAAUUCCGUGCAUAUGCAGCAACCUGUGCAAACUUUAUUAACGACCGCUCCGCCAAUAUCAACAGUACCUGUAGCCACUGUCACUCCUAACAUCGUGACACCACGAUCCGACACAAAUACUCCAAUUCAACCGGAACUCCAAGAUAACAUUAAUGAGAAGGCAAAUCCUGCACAACCUAUCAGAAAGAUAUCUAGAUUCGUGGUUUCCAAAGUUGCCGGCCCGCCUGCUCACAGUAAUAUUACUGUCAACCAACAGCAAUCUACUGACGCUGCGAGGACUCUUCCGCAACAAACGGAAGAAUUGAAAAUCUCAGAACGACAAAAUGUUCUUCCUCAUACAGAUGAUCUGCAUGGUGUACCUGUACAAGUACCUCAUAGCCGAGAGAAUUCUGUUCCGCCAAUUGUACAAGCAACUCAUGGUACUAAUAUUCUAAAUAUCGAACCUGAAAAAGAAGACAGAUUUGUAGCUCUUACACCGAGCGAAGAAUACCAGCUGCUUAUAAAAAGGCAAACUUUGGAAUUAGAAACAUUGCAAAAAAGGCACAGAGAAGAGUUAGAACGUUUUCAACAACAUCAAUUACAGUUGCUCAUUCAGCAGCAGCAGCAAGCGAGCGCGCUUCAUCAACAUCAACAUCACCCAUUACUUUAUCAUACUGUCGCGACAAAUAUCUCUGGAUCUAGGAUUCCAGGUGCGGAGGACUAUUUAAUGAUCAGUACAGCUCCGCAGACUCCGUUGCAAAAAGGGUCGAACAACUAUCCGGACACCGAUGAGACCUUACGGCUGGCUAUGCAGAAAUUGAAGCAAACGCCGUUGCAGCUUCAACCGCAGCAGGCAUCAGCUGGAAUACCACAUGCUUAUGUUAUCCCGAUUCCAGUAGUGCCUUCUGAAAAUAUGCAAAGUAUAGUCUCCCAGCAGAGUAAUAACUGCUCGAAUGAUACAACUGAAGGCAUUGAUAUGACGCAUAGUCCGGCGGUUAGUAAUCCGACGCAGUACCAAUUCGCCCCUAUACUGUCCGAGGGGACGAAUGUACCGUCGACGACUGGAACGCUAUCCGCGCCAUUACCGAUCACUAGCUCGACGGGCGCCUAUAUUCAAUAUCACGAAGGCCAGCCGUUGACGAAUUUUCAAACCUUUAGUUGUACCCCUCACGGCGGUUUCUUUCUGCCAGCUGGAUAUCGGCUUAUAUACGCACCAUCCACCGGGACGACUCAAUCUCAGCCGGCGACACCCGCCGCUACGUCUCACGUAACAAGUUCGCGCGACGACACACCUCCAACAGAACCACCCUCACAACCAACGCCGCCGACGUCACACUCCGCUUCAGCUGAGAACUCAACGGCACCCUUGCAUUCGGAUCAAUAA